ACGUGUUAGACGAAACAUGUACGCGUUCCGUGUGCUGAUCCUGUCGCUCGUAUCCAUCGGUGUACACUCCAGUUAUGCCCUUCCACCGUCCACAUUCGGUGAAGCCUUGGCCAGCGCUGGCCAAUUAUCGAACAAACUGAAGGAAACGGCAGCAUGGAAAACGUUUACCGGCAUUGCACGUGAUUCCGACUCGAUCAACUCCCUCGUUCGGAUCAUACCGCGAACGACGAUGGGCUUCGUGCGAGAUGUGGUGAGUUCGUUCAAGCGCGAGUCUCGUGCCAUCAUUCUCACGAAAAACGGCGCACUGGAGGGUCGGCUGCAGCAGGUGAAGGGUGGCGGUUCCGGUUCGUUUUACGCUUUUAAAGGUAUCCGGUACGGGCAGCCCCCGGUCGGUGAGCUACGGUUCCGGGCUCCACUGCCAGAGGAACCGUGGAAAGGUAUUCGCAGUGCAACGCGCGAAGGUUCCGUUUGUCCGCACCGCAACAUGAUUCUGGACAACUUUAAGGGUAACGAGGACUGUCUGUUUCUGAACGUGUACUCACCGGAGCUGCCCGUUGGCGAGGAUAAUCCGCUGCUGCCCGUCAUGGUGUGGAUUCAUGGCGGUGCUUUUUCGUUCGGUUCGGGUAAUGCGUUUUUGUACGGGCCAGACUAUCUUGUACCGAAUGGCGUUGUACUGGUGACGUUCAACUACCGCCUCGGUCCGCUCGGGUUUCUAAGCGUUGGUCGUGAUGCACCGGGCAAUGCUGGCAUCAAGGAUCAAGUGCUUGCACUUCGUUGGGUACAGGAAAAUAUUGCCGCAUUCGGAGGCAAUCCGGAAGAUGUGACCAUCUUCGGACAGUCGGCUGGAUCUGUGUCGGUACAGUUGCUCACACUGUCCCCACUAUCUAAGGGCCUUUUCCACAAAGCAAUCGCCCAGAGUGGUUCCGUCCUUAACCCGUGGGCGAUCGCUCGUGAUACCAAAGAUCGUGCAUUUAAGCUAGCCCAAAUGUUGGGCAUUCGGACGAACAAUACCGAUGAGCUGUUGGACGCGCUGCGUCGAACGAGCCCUCAGAGGAUAGUGGACGCAGCACUCAAAACACUAACUGGGGAAGAUGUGCGUAAAAACAUCGGACUACCGUUUGUACCGUCACUGGAAGAUUGGACCGGUGAGGACGCAUCGGACGAGAAGCCGCUUAUCGUGGAGGAACCACUGGAGCUGCUCAAGAGUGGCCGCUACCAUCACGUGCCGGUGAUUGUCGGGUUCAAUUCGCACGAGGCGAUGCUGUUUAUGCGACGAUUACGCAAGGAUCCAAAUUUGCUGCAAACGAUCGAUGGGGAUUUUGAGCGGUUGAUACCGUUGAACCUACAUGUGAAUCGAGAGUCGGACGAGGGCAGGGAGUUUGCGGCACGAAUGAAACGAUUCUAUAUGGGCGACAAACACGUCUCGAACGAGACCAUUCAGGAGAUGAUGAAUCUCAUGUCGGAUGUAAUGUUCCUGCACGGGAUCUCCGACUACGCCCGUUUGCAUGCAUCCCACAACGGGCUAAACUCGACCUGGGUCUAUCGAUUUGCGUAUGACGGUGCGCUCGGCAUCUACAAGCGGAUAUUGGACAUUGAUUGGCCCGGUGCAUGUCAUGGGGACGAGCUGGGAUAUAUGUUCCACUUUGGCGUGCUUAACCUGCGGCUAGACAACACCUCACCCGAGCUGCAAGUGAUGCACAAGAUGACCCGCAUGUGGACCAACUUUGCCAAGUACGGCAAUCCCACACCGUUCGGCGAAGAUGAACUGCUACUAGGCAUCACCUGGCCAUCGGUAAAACCGAAUACAAUGACCGAACUACCAUAUCUAGACAUUACCGAGACGCUCGACAGUAAAUCGAAUCCUGAGGCGCAGCGGCUACAGUUCUGGGAUGACGCUUUUACCAAGUACAAUGGCAAAUUGUUGUAAUACAACGAGAUAGUACAACAGGG